AUGGAGGCUUGCUGUGAUCUUGAAGUGGAUGUUAAUGGUGAAGAGUCUUUCAUGGUGAACAAGAGAGUUGUUUCUUCCUAUUCGGGUAAGUUGAGCAAGUUACUUGGCAAAUCAAAAGGUUCCACAAGAAAUCUUAAAGUUGUGUUCCAAGACUUUCCAGGAGGGGCAGAGUGUUUUGAGCUCAUUUCAAGGUUCUGCUACAACAAUGGUAGCAUUGACAUAACUCCUUCCAAUAUUUCCCUCCUACAUUUUGCUGCCAUUUUCAUGGAAAUGAACAUAUCUGUAUCCGGAGCACCUAAUUUGUUCGAAAAAACCGAGAAAUCACUUGAAGAGAUGAGGUAUUGGACUUGGUCUGAGCUCUUGAUUACUUUGAAGCGGUGCCAAGAUUUACUUCCGGCGACUAAUUGUUUGCCUCUACUUGAGAAAUGCUUGGAUUGCAUUGUCGGAAGACUGGCUUUGACCAGUGAAGCAAGUCCAUGUCCUUCGACUUCGUCCCCAGAUAGCUCUGGCAUUCGGUUUUCGUGCGACACUAGAAGCACUGAGAGCUUGAAAACCAGCUCCUCUCGCGCAACAUGGUGGUUUGAGGAUCUUUUAGUUUUAGGUCCCAAUUUGGUUGAAAUGCUGGUGAAGUCCAUGGUUACUCGAAAAUUCGAUCAUGUUACUAUCAGUAGGUUCCUCUUUUAUUACCAGAAAUCAAAGUUCUACACCGCCCAAUCUGAUGCUAAGCGCACUAUUGCAGAAACAGUCAUUGAUAUGCUACACAUUCUUGAUCAGAGCUCUGUUUCAUGCAAAACUUUGUUUUGGAUUCUUCGAGUUGUUCAGAAUAUGAACAUAAACAAAAGCAGCAGGAAUAAGUUGGAGAGCAUGAUUGGUUCACAGUUGGAUCAAGCAUCAUUGGAUAACUUGCUUGUUCCUUCCCCACAUGGGAUCAAUCACUUGUAUGAUGUCAAUCUUGUUUUGAGGGUUUUGAACUCAUUUCUGCGUGGAGGAACAGCAAAAGCUUCUCCUGUGAGGUUGAGGAAAGUUGGGGUCUUGGUGGAUAUGUAUACAGCAGAAGUAGCCCCUGAUCCUUGUUUAAGGCCUUCAAAGUUUCUGGCUUUAGCCAUGGCCCUGCCAGAUGCUGCCAGAGACUCUUAUGAUGAGCUUUACCGUGCCAUUGAUAUGUAUCUAGAGGUACAUGGAGGAUUGUCUGAAGAGGAAAAGAUGAAACUCUGUUGUUUAUUGAACUAUGAGAAGCUCUCGCAAGAAGUUUGCAUACACCUUUCUCAGAAUGCAAAAUUCCCAUCAAAAUCAGCAGUCCAAGCUCUCAUUUCUCAGCAAGUCAAGCUUAAAAGUUUACUCCAGGUGACGAGCAAUCCCAAGUCCUAUGGUGACUCCCCUUUUAGUGUCACUGAGGUAGAUGAUAAGGGAAGGAAAGGUCAUGAUUCCAAUGAACAAUGUGUUCUUUACGCUGGAAAACUCGAUAUCUCAGCUGAUAAUGAGAAACUGAGAGAACAUUUACAUGGUAUGCAGUGGAGGGUCAUGGAGUUGGAGAAAAUGUGCAAGAAAAUGCAGACCCAAAUGGCAAAGUUCACAAAAUCAAGAGUGUUAUCAAGCCACAGUCAUGCAAGAUCUUUGCCCAAACUUUGUUCAUGAUAAUUUUGCAUUUCUUUUAUCUUUUAUUUUUUAUGAAGUACUAUAUCUCAUAUAUGUAUAGCAAAAAGGGAAUGGGUGGGGGUUUAUGAACUUUUGUGUUUGUACCAGUUUUUCUUUCUUAUCUGCAUAACUAAAGGUUAACUCUUGGUUGUAUACAGUUACAAAAAGAGAACUUCUGUUG